CAGCAGAGAGCAGUGCGCGGUUGGAUGUGAGCGCCACCGACCUGUCUCUACUUCCAGAUCGAAGAUGGCGGUCUCGGUGUUCCCCGGCGUGCGGCUCCUCUCCAUUGGAGACGCGAAUGGAGACAUACAGCGACAUUCGGAGCAGCAGCCCCUGCGGCUUGAAGUGAAGAGCACACAGGAUGCUGCCCUCAUCAAUCUCUCCAAUGGAGAGGAGGCGAGUGUGUUCAAGUGUUCGGUUUCCAGGGAGACAGAGUGCAGCCGUGUUGGGAAGCAGUCGUUCAUCAUCACACUGGGCUGCAACAGCGUCCUGCUGCAGUUCUCCUCACCUGCAGACUUCCAGUCCUUUUAUAACCUGCUGAAGAACAGUCGCGGACACGUCAAUGAGCGCUCCGUCUUCAGUGACAGAACAGAGGACUCCUCUGCUGUACAGUACUUCCAGUUUUAUGGCUACCUCUCUCAGCAACAGAACAUGAUGCAGGACUACGUUCGGACAGGGACUUACCAACGGGCUAUCCUCCAGAACCACACCGACUUCAAGGAUAAGGUGGUGCUGGAUGUGGGCUGUGGCUCGGGGAUCCUCUCUUUCUUUGCAGCCCAGGCUGGAGCCAGGAAGGUGUACGCGGUGGAGGCCAGCACCAUGGCCCAGCACGCAGAGGUGCUGGUGAACAGUAACCGCCUCGGGGACCGCGUCGUCGUCAUCCCAGGGAAGGUGGAGGAGGUGACGCUGCCGGAGCAGGUGGACAUCAUCAUCUCAGAGCCCAUGGGCUACAUGUUGUUCAACGAGCGCAUGCUGGAGAGCUACCUGCAUGCCAAGAAGUUCCUCAAGCCCAACGGCAAAAUGUUCCCAACUCUCGGUGACGUCCACCUGGCCCCCUUCACAGACGAGCAGCUCUACAUGGAGCAGUUCACCAAGGCCAACUUCUGGUACCAGCCCUCCUUCCACGGUGUAGACCUCUCUGCCCUGCGGGGGGCAGCAGUGGAUGAGUAUUUCCGCCAGCCAAUUGUGGACACAUUUGAUAUCCGUAUCCUGAUGGCCAAGUCAGUCAAAUACACAGUCAACUUCCUGGAGGCCAAAGAAGAGGAUCUCUACAGGAUAGAGAUUCCCUUCAAGUUCCACAUGAUGCACUCUGGUCUGGUGCAUGGUCUGGCCUUCUGGUUUGACGUGGCGUUCAUGGGUUCAUCGAUGACCGUGUGGCUGUCCACGGCCCCCACAGAGCCCCUCACCCACUGGUACCAGGUGCGUUGUCUGCUGCAGUCCCCCCUCUUCACCAAGGCCGGAGACACGCUGUCCGGCACCGCCGUGCUGAUGGCCAACAAGAGACAAAGCUACGACAUCAGUAUUGUUGCCCAGGUGGACCAGACGGGAUCAAAGUCCAGCAACCUCCUGGACUUGAAGAACCCCUUUUUCAGGUACACAGGCACUACCCCCAACCCCCCUCCCGGCUCACACUACACCUCCCCGUCUGAGAACAUGUGGAACACGGGGGCCUACAGCAUGGGGCAGGGCAUGGCUGUAUCAGGGAUGCCUGCAGCUUAUGACCUCAGCACAGUCAUUGGCAGCGGCCCGUCAGUGUCUCACAACAACCUCAUCCCCCUGGGUACGAACCGCACUCCUCCUGACUUCUCUACAGCUAAUGUGAACACCGGAAUUGUAAACCACACCCACUCCAGGAUGGGCUCCAUCAUGAGCACAGGAAUUGUUCAGGGAGCCACCACAGGCCAGUCCGGUCCCAGCAGCAGCGGUUCGUACUACCCCGUCACCAACCAGUUCACCAUGGGGGGCGCCGCCAUCUCCAUGGCCUCCCCCAUGGUCAUCCCCAGCAACACCAUGCAUUACGGCAGUUAAGACCUCACCAAGACCUCUUCGACCCCCCCCUCCCCUCCCCCGCAUGACAAGAGAUCCCCAACCUCCCCCAGUGGAGACUGAUGCACCACCUACAGCCAAAACCAAUAUACCAAAAGCAGUGCUGUGCUGGCACUGCCCAAGCCCUCCCCCCUCCCCCGUCCCUUCCAGUGUCGUCCUGCUCACUGUUCUGUGUUCAGUCCAUCACUAUUUGAGCGUAUCCGUCCACACUGAGAUCCCCCCCCCCCCCCCAUGGAGCCACUGGGACCUGACUAGCUGAGAUGCACAACUUCUCCCUCUACAUGUUUCUCAGCCCCCCCACUCCCUUUCUCGUUUUUUUAAUGAGCCCCCCAAAGUGUUUCCUUUCCGGCUGCCUGACAGCAGCUGAGGCUUUCAUGUGUACAGGACACUAUUAUCAUCUGAACACUCAUCUCUGGACGUUUCAUAUCUCAUCCGGUCUUCUCUCCGGAGACUCGUGCAACACAUAUUUGCUCAGCGCGUGCAGAUAGUUUUGGUUUUAGGCAGAUAUAUCAAAAAAAACUGAAGCCAUCUACAUGUGAAGGUACCCUAAGAAGUAUGGGAAAUAUGCUUUCUUUGUGACAUGGACACCUCUGUAUGUGUAGUUUUACUUUAACGUAGCAGCGUUGAUGACCAUCAGGAUUAGGAAGAAUGGCACACCUUUUAACGGAGAGAAAUACACUGCUAUCACUGUUGUUAAAAUACCGAAAUAUGGAUUAGUGCAGCUUUAAAUACCAUCCUACCCAUACCCUUGAUGUGGUUAGCCUAGUGUUAUCUUAGACUAGAAGCAGGAAGAAACUUCCUUUAGUCAAAAACACCAACCCUAGUUUUAUUUUUAAAUGUAAGACUAGUGAGCAGUCAUAGUGGAGCUGCUGGUUUGAGCACCGUCCAAAGUGAACUAACAGCCAGGAGACCCUUUUCAUCUUCUCGAUAAGCCAAAUCGUGAAAUAGAGGGUUUGGAAGACGUAUUCUCGAACGAUAUCUGGAGAAGAAAUUAGAAUGUCAAGGGCAGCAUAUUUCCUGAAACGCUGCUAAAGGUUGUAAUGUAGUCACUGGGGUGGGGUUAGAGCCUCAGGACGGCCACAAGUGUUCACACUUCCAUCAACCCCCCCUCCAGCCUGAUCCCUCCAACAUCUCCUGAAAAAACAUUUCGUUAAGUUGUACACACAGCACAAGUUGUGGGAACGAGAGAGGAGAUCUACACGGAAGGUGACCGGAGAGUCUACCGAUGGUUUGUGUGCACAUGCUGCUUCCAUCCCCCCCCAGAGCCAGAUGCUCCAGCAAAAGGAUUGUAAAGGGGGGCAAAAGGACCCAGGCGGAAUGAGAAUAGCUGUGCUGAGUUGGCGGCAUCCUAGUUUACAUCCUGCUUCUCCUCGUAAUCUCCUGAAACUGUUGCAAAGAGACUUCAAUGUGGGGAUGGGGCAGGUGUGGGACGGGGCCAGUCCCCCCCCCGCCUCCCUCCGGCUCACUAUGUACAACCUCCAACAUAUCACCCACCCACCCCACCCAUCAUCGGUCACGCAGAGAAGGACUGACACGUGUACGCAUCGCUUCCAGUGUCACAACUAUCGGACUUUGGAAUUUAGCAAGUUUUAAGAAAGCUGAGUAAAAUGUCUUUGUAGGAUUAACCUUUUUGUUAUCUUUUAUUUGGUUUUGUUUUUCUUUCACAAAAAACAACGAAUAAUAGAAAAAAAAAAACAGCAAAUUAAAUGUGGUGGAGAUGGUCCAAAACCAUCCUGGAAUCAAAAGUGUUGUGGUACUUUACUUUGUUGUGUAUCAUGUGGCAGCUUAGCACUAUUAUCAUGGAACAGUGUAAAGAAGAGAGUGUGUGUACUCGACAGCCAGUAAUUUGACAUCUGAUCCAGACAGUGUCGGCACUCUGUCCGCAAACAAACUAUAUAUAGUAAGACAGAAGAAAAUCAGUUAUAGAUUAAGAACCACUGGUUAUUGAGUAGAGCAGGAAAUAAUCAUUCAAACCUGAGAUGAGUUUGCAUUUUAGCUCCUACGGUUCUCUCGCUUAAGGGAUUUUCAAGUUUUGGUCUACCCCACUGGUGAAUGGCAGAAGCGCUAUUUUUCUUAAUUGCCUUUUGCUAACAAACUGCUAAAUGUGACUUUAAAACUUAAUUAACCGCCUUUAACUAAGAGGUGGUGAAGUCAUGUGACAGUGAAGUAGCUUGUUUAUAGCCUAACGUUAGCUUAAAAGGGUUAUUGGGAAUUAUCCAGUUUAGUCCACAAAAUGAUUUAAGACUCGUAAAAUAUCUUAUUUUCUGCAACAUUCUAAAAUCUAAUGGAAACAUCCUGUUGGAUUUUUGCUGAUUUAAGGCUAGGAUUACAGAAAUGUUUUAUUGCUGCACCACUCUAACGAGCAUGAAAAGGUUUCCUGGGCUAAGUGUAGUUUAAGCACUUUUAUAUUCCAUUCAGAAAGAACAUGAGCCACGGUGAGAACACCAGUGUCCCCUCUCUACUGCAGGUGCGUGUGGCCCCCACCACAGCUUGUGUUCCUCUUUGUCCUGAAGUUAGGUAGUGAAACUAAAUGAGUCUCAGGUAAGUCAGGGUUGCUGGCAGUGUGGUCAAAACUUCAACAUCUACUACACAGAAUAUAUGAAUGAAGGCCACAGGCAUGGCGGCUACAGUUGAUCUGUACAGGUGAUGCUGGAGUUUUGAUCUCUUCACACAUAUUCCCGCUUCACCUCGGGGGUAAAGUUGUGCUGGACAUCUCUAUUCUACUUCUACAGUGCCGAGGAUCACAGCUGUCCAAGCACCACUACAAAAAAUACAACAGGAACGAGUCUGCAGCCUCUUGAGUAUUUAUUCCAAAUCCUUGAUAUCAGACGGCAGUUUCCUUCACCACAUGUACUCGCGUAAGCCAAAAUGCUCAGUAGUUAACUAGUAGCAGUAUUUUGACUUUAUCAGUCUACUAGUUUAUCACAGACUCACAAUGUUAACUAGCUAAGGCAGUUUACUAUCAAAUGUUUACUAGUUUAAGCCCCUUAAUUAACUUGUGAGGCUUAAAACGUUUUAAACUGGUAGAAGCCUAAAUGCUCAGUAGUUACACUAGUUUCAUUAAAUGCUGAUGUAGGUGGCCAUUUUUUUUAUUUGAGGCUUCCUAUUGGUUCUCCACUACAAAAGGAAAUAUACUAACCAAUCAGAACUCAGGGUAAUAUAAUAUUAUCCUGAUAUUAAUAAGAUAACAUGAUAAUGCAAAGAACAUUUACAAUUAAGAAAAUACUGGAUGAAGCACAACUUUUAUUAACAACAAAUCCCUAAACAGCAUCACAGUAGGGAAUAAAUAGUUCUGCAAACAAACACAUUUCUCAAUUUGCAAAUAAUCCUAAUUGCAUUUACAUCACUUGGAGUCAUUCUGUAAAUGGUGGUUUCUUACAGGUUGGAGAGGUGUGGUACAUUACUCUUAGUUCAUUAAAUCAUUCUUAACCCUGUUCUAGCUAAUUAUUAGAUAGAAUAUAUUACCGGACAUGUCAUGUAUUUAGAGAAAAGUUAACAGCCCUGCUAGCAGCUCUGUGGCUAACUGAGCUAAUGUCAAAGUCAGCAGCCAUGCUAACAGCUUUGUGGCUAACUGGUUAACUAAUGUGAGCAGCAACUUACCAUAAUGGAAAAAAGACAACUUGUUAAUGUUAGGCAGGUACAAUGUUU